AUGAACACAGUUCACUGGCUCCUCGCCGGCGCCCUCCUCGCCCUCGCAAUCCUUGCCCUGCACUCACUACAGAUCUCUCCUGCUCGGUACUCGUUCACGUUUUACCACCUCCCCGGUUGCAAGUACUGCGAGGAGGCCAUGCCUGCAUGGAGGGAGCUGCAGAGGAUCUACUGGGGCCCGGCCGUCCUCAGAAAGGUGAACGCAAUGCGAGCAAAAGAGGAAGUGAACGGCCUGGGAAUAGAUGGCCUUUCCGCGUAUGUUCUGUUCGACGGCAACACGGGAUUCGCCUACAAGUACGAGGGGGCCAGGACAGCUCAAGCGUUUUCACGAUUCUUGGCAGAGACGUUUACCGAAAAAAAGCGCAGACAUCGACCGUUUGUUGGCUUGGCUGAAGAGUCACCCCGAACUGCUAGCGGAUCCCAGGUGGAAAGGCUGGUCCAGAGGUACAAGACCAAGAUGCAGCCGAUCGCAGAAGGAGAGGGAGGGGCGGCUUACACUCGAAACAAGUCGGACGUGCGGCUGUGCGUCCCAGAGUCCCUCGAGGAACGAGACGUCCAGACCGGCCUCUUUGUCGCACUCCACGAGCUGGCUCACAUAGCAAACGUGAGCUGGGGCCACGACCAAAGCUUCUGGGACACGUUCAGAGACCUUCUCAGACUGGCUGUGAAAGCGAGGAUCUAUAAGAAGCGCAACUAUAAGCACGACCCAGCACGCUUCUGCGGGGGGCGUGGACUGACACCUCGCCCGGUCCCAAACAUAGAGGCAGCCCGUCACGGUCUGCUCUACGAGAAGGAGGCAAUACAGAGGUUCCAGGAAAUCACGGGCAUCCGGGUUCUUGAUGUCGGCCAUGUGGUCCACGAGCGCUUUGACUGGCUCUCUUGUGUCCCAGACGGGAUAACCGUCGAUGGAAGGGUGGCCGAGAUAAAGUGCCCUUACUACCGGCGGAUCGUUCCAGGGGUCCCCAAUCACUGCGUAAAACAACUGCAGAUUGCAAUGGAGGUCACCGACCUCGACGAGGCCAUCCUCGUGCAGUACAAACCCGCAAGCGUCUUCGGAGUGGAAGAGAUCAUGAUAUCGACCCUGGCCCGAGAUAGGACCUGGAUCCACAGGAACUGGUCUCGACUGCACAAGAAAGGGCAGUGGCUGCAGCCUCCAGCCGCGGCCUGA